AUGAAGAUGAUGGAAGAUUGUUUCUCUGAGGUUGAGGACUGUUUGGAUUACGUGUACAGGAGAUACAGGAACAAAGGCAAGUCAAUAGGUCCAUUGGAGAUAAGAGUGGUGAGUUUGGGUACUUUUGAUUCUUUAAUGGACUUUAGUAUCUCACAAGGAUCUUCAGUGAAUAAGUAUAAGACUCCAUGA